GCGUCCUUCCGCGCCGCCAAAAUUUCAAGAUGGCUGAUAGCAACAAGCCACCGGAGACGCCUUCCGAAACAAUGCGUAAAAAAUCAGAAAGUGAGAACAAACCGUCGCAAUCACACGAUGAAGACAACGAAAGUAUGGAAGAACAGCCUCUGGACAUCGGGGUGCAUUAUUUGGUGCAAAGAUCGGACGAUUCGUGGUAUCCUGCCGAGAUAAUCCAGACGAGAUAUGGUGACAGUGAGUACGAGUAUUACGUGCAUUAUGAGGGGCAGAAUCGGCGGCUGGACGAAUGGGUGCCAAGGGCUAGGAUUAUGAAUUCCAGGUUUAAUUUAACGGAGAGUGGACAGAAAAUGCCCACUGACAAGGUGUGGAAGGAGCGGCCAGUGGUUUCUGAUUUAUUGACUGACAGUUCGGACCGGAAAAUCACCAGGAAUCAGAAGAGAAGGCACGAUGAAAUAAACCACAUCCAGAAGACAUACGCGGAAAUGGACCCAACUACUGCAGCUUUAGAGAAGGAACAUGAACAAAUAACCAAAGUUAAAUAUAUUGAUAAGAUACAAAUUGGGCGGUUUGAGAUCGACACAUGGUAUUUUAGCCCAUAUCCUGAGGAAUAUGGCCGACAGAGCAAAUUAUGGAUAUGUGAAUAUUGCCUCAAAUACAUGAGAUUAGAAAAAAGUUACAGAUAUCAUAUGAGCGAAUGUACAUGGAGACAACCGGUUGGUAAAGAAAUUUACAGAAAAGGAACACUUUCGGUUUAUGAAGUUGACGGAAAAGACCACAAAAUUUAUUGCCAGAAUCUUUGCCUCCUGGCGAAGCUGUUUCUAGACCACAAAACACUGUACUUUGACGUUGAACCUUUCCUCUUUUACAUUUUAUGCGAAGUUGACAAGCAAGGGGCACACAUUGUUGGUUACUUCUCCAAAGAGAAAGAAUCUCCAGACGGAAAUAACGUCGCGUGUAUCCUCACAUUGCCCCCUUAUCAGAGGCAAGGCUACGGCAAGCUUUUGAUAGCCUUCAGUUACGAGUUGUCGCGGCUUGAGGGCACCGUGGGCAGCCCCGAACAGCCCCUUAGUGAUUUGGGAAAAUUGAGUUAUAGGAGUUACUGGAGUUGGGUUUUGUUGGAGAUUUUGAGGGACUUUCGGGGCACUUUGUCGAUCAAAGAUUUGAGCCAAAUGACUAGUAUUACCCAGACUGAUAUAAUUUCAACCUUGCAAAGCAUGAAUAUGGUCAAAUAUUGGAAAGGUCAGCACGUGAUUUGUGUCACACCCAAACUGGUAGAAGAACAUAUCAGAUCAAGUCAGUACAAAAGGCCGCGAUUGUGUGUUGACAGUACGGCGCUGCGGUGGGCCCCCAGAAGACACACCAACAAUAAGUUAGGAAAAAAAUGAUGUGAUAAUAUGCUUUAAGUUGUAUUACCUUGAGUUUGUUGCUGAAUAAAGAUUUUUAUUACCA